AUGCGUUAUUACGAGAGUUCGCAGACAUUUCAUUACAAUUGGGAUCAAGUGGUGAAAGCGUUUUGGUGUCGAUAUCCAAACCCUUUCAGUUCCCAUGUGUUGACCGAAGAUGUAGUCCAUCGACGGGUCGACGAAAGCGGGAAACUAUUGACCAAACGAUUGAUUAGUAAAACCAAUUCAGCGCCGAAAUGGACGGAAAGAUUUCUGUCAACGAAAAUGAUUUUCGUGAUCGAAGAAUCGGUUUUAGACCCGAAGGGCCAGACUUUGACCACUUUUACACGUAAUAUAGGACUCAAACACUUAAUGACUGUCGAAGAGAAGGUGACGUAUAAGUCCAGCGCCGACCACAACAGCUGGACUGUCGCCGACCGGAAGGCAUGGAUCGAUUCGCAUGUGUUCGGCCUCUCGUCGGCCGUCCAGAGGUUCGGUGUCGAGAGAUUCAAGAAGAAUGUGAACAAAGCCUGUCAGGGAUUUAACUUCGUAUUGAAUGCCUUAUACGACACCUCGAGUGCAGAACUCAUCACUAGUUUUGAUAAUCAAAUUUCAAUUAACCCUUUGCUCAGAGAAAAGCUUAAAGAAAAGGCUUUGAGGGGAGCGACUGAGUUCGCGGCCGCCGCCAAGUCUAAGGCCGUCCCUAUAGUUGUGGCCGCAAAUGCAGAGCAGUCCUAA